AUGGCUACCUCCUUCUCCAGCAACAGGAUGGAUGUGUUCGCUGAAGCAGGAGAGAAGGGAGACUCUAGACAACAGAGGAGCUCUGUGCUCUCUCCCCAACUACAGAGCUGUACGGUUAUGAUUGGAGCUGGAGCCCUUCAGCAUCUUCAGGCCGUCUCCUCUCUGCAGGCUGGGGUAAACGGGUGGAGCUUCGGUGCGGCUGAGGACCAUGGACGUCCCUGCAGUAGUACUAAUGUAGAGAGCCAGAGGAGGGCCAGGGCCUCCCCAGUCCACCGGACAGGGACUCCUACUCUCACUUCCAACCCCACUCUCACUCCCACUGCCUUGGAAUGGGACAGUCUGCAGCAGGGAUUGGAAGGAGAGGUGGUGGAAGAGUGGGACUUGUGUCAUCAAUCAGCUUAUGGGGUUGGAGUGUCUUAUAGGUGGCUGGAGGGAACUCUACCUCUGCGUAGAGCGAGGGAAGAGGGAGGACUCUAUUGGGGUGAGGAGGCCUGGUCUGAACCUGGGGACAGAGACGAGGAAAGGAACCGGGCCCUCCAGCAGACACCUGUCCUCCUGGUCCAGCAGGCUGAUGUAUGUACCGUUGGGCCGGAGGGGCUACCGGGGCCUGCUAACAAGAGCCCAGGUGUCCUGUCAGGCCUACCUGAUGGCUGCAUCGUCCUGGGAGGUGUCCUGGCAACUGACUGCUGCAGAGGAGACCUGUCCAGGGCCGGAGCCCGCUACGGUGGCCCUGCAGGGACCUCAUUAGGCACUGCUGUAUCCUAUCUGCAGAGAGGAGACGGAGGAGGAAUAGAUGGGUGGACGGAGGAACGAACGGACCGUGCCCACCUCCCACAGGCCAGCAGUAGCUCAACAUACACACAGACCUCUCCCUCUCGGUUUGACACACACACACCCUCUCUGUCUCAGAUUGACACACACAAUUGCAGCCAGGCAACACACACUGCCACUCGGCAGGACAGACACAGACGCAGCCAGGCGGUACGCGGCCUACCGCUAGAGGCUUUGGAGGGCCAGUUCAGUCGUGUCAUGAUGGAUCGAUCCAGGAUGACGGUGGAGGGCCACAGGGAGAAUGACAAGGAGGGGGAGGCUGGGGCCAGGAGGGAAGAGGUGGAGCAGAGCUUCAGGCUGGGCGCUCCGGUUAGCAGGGUGUUUAGGGAGGAGGAGGAGCGGAAGGAGGAGCCAGAGGAGGAGAACCAGUUCUCUGUCUCUGGACUAAGUGCUCUGGUUAGAAGGGUAUGCCAGAUCUCUGGGAUUGGAGGGGAGCAGGAGCUAGACUCUCUGGGGGAAGAGGUCUCUGGGAUGGUUUCUCUGGUCAGCAGGGGGCUCUCCUGGAUGUUUCCGGACACAGGCCGUCUCCUUCGCAGCUCCACCCCCAGGAUCCUGCAGCAGGUCUGGGAAGGUACAGGAGUUCUGCAGCCCGCAGCUGGGGGAGGGGCUGGGAGUCUGCAGCCUGGAGGUGGGGGAGGAGCCAGCUCCAACUGGUCCAGUCAGGUUGUGAGGGAAAGUCAGGUGCUGUCGGUGGUCAAAGAUAGCCAGGUAUUCUCAUUGGUCAGAGAGAGUCAAAUGUACUCCCUGGUCCGAGACAGUCAGGUGUUCUCUAUGGUCAGUGAGCUGCCGUUUGUGCAUCACAUCAGCACAGAGCUAACUCAAGACUUCAGGAUCAUUCACAAUAAGCUCACUCAGGUUCUACAGCCAGUGGAGUCAACUGGACUCCAGCAGAAAUAUAUUUACCUCAACAAAAUACCAGAAAUGAAACUGCCCCUAGUCCACAACACUGUCCUCAGCACAGUACCGAGCCUGUACCCAGCCCACAACACCAUAGAAUUUGCAAAUAAACAGAGCACAGGUAAAGAAGUGGAUUGGAGAACAGAGGACCACAGUCCCAUCAGUGAACUGGCUUGUACAUUGGAGCAGGAGGGCAGAGAGGAAGCUCUAGCUAAGUCAGAAGAACCAAGUCCCAUCAGAGAAAUGGAGUGUACAUUGGAGCAGGAGGGUGGAAAAGAAGCUCUACGUAAGUUGGAGGAACAGAGUCCUGUCAGAGAACUGCAGUGUACAUCAGAGCACCAGGGCAGAGAGAAAUCUCUAGCUAAGUCUGAGGAAAAGAGUCCCAUCAGAGAACUAGAGUGUACAUCGGAGCUGGAGGGCAAAGAGGAAGCUCUAGCUAAGUCAGAAGAAAAAAGUCCCAUCAGAGAACUGCCGUGUACAUCAGAGCACGAGGGUGGAGAGGAAGCUCUAGCUAAGUCAGAAGAUCCAAGUCCCAUCAGAGAACUGGAGUCUACAUCGGAGAUGGAGGGCAGAGAGGAAGCUCAGUCGGAGGAACAGAAUCCAAUCAGAGAACUGCCGUGUACAUCAGAGCACGAGGGUGGAGAGGAAGCUCUAGCUAAGUCAGAAGAACCAAGUCCCAUCAGAGAACUGGAGUAUACAUUGGAGCAGGAGGGUGGAAAGGAAGUUCUAGCUAUGUCGGAGGAAUGGAGCCCCAUCAGAGAACUGCAGUGUUCAUUGGAGCAGGAGGGCAGAGAGGAGGCUCUAGCUAAGUCAGAAGAACCAAGUCCCAUCAAAGAAGUGGAGUGUACUUCAGAGCAUGAGGGCAGAGCUGAAGCUCUACCUAAGUUGGAGGUACAGAGUCCCAUCAGUGAACUAGAGCGUACAUCUGAGCUGGAGGGCAGAGAGGAAGCUCUACCUAAAUUGCAGGAACAGAGCCCCAUCAGAGAAGUGGAGUCUACAUCGUCGCAAGAGGGCAGAGAGGAAGCUCUGGCUAAGUCAGAAGAACCAAGUCCCAUCAGAGAAGUGGAGUCUACAUCGGAGCUGGAGGGCAGAGAGGAAGCUCUGGCUAAGUCAGAAGAACCAAGUCCCAUCAGAGAAGUGGAGUCUACAUCGGAGCUGGAGGGCAGAGGGGAACCUCUACCUAAAUUGGAGGAACAGAGCCCCAUCAGAGAAGUGGAGUCUACAUCGGCGCAGGAGGGCAGAGAGGAAGCUCUAGCUCAGUCAGAGGAACAGAGUCCCAGCAGAGAACUGGCUUGUACAUUGGAGCAGGAGGUCAUAGAGGAAGCUCUAGCUAAGUCGGAGGAACAGAGUCCUGUCAGAGAACUGCAGUGUACAUCAGAGCACAAGGGUGUAGAGGAAGCUCUAGCUAAGUCAGAAGAACCACGUCCCAUCAGAGAAAUGGAGUGUACAUCGGAGCAGGAGGGCAGAGAGGAAGCGCUACGUAAGUUGGAGGAACAGAGUCCUGUCAGAGAACUGCCGUGUACAUCAGAGCACGAGGGCGGAGAGGAAGCUCUAGCUAAGUCAGAAGAUCCAAGUCCCAUCAGAGAACUGGAGUCUACAUCGGAGAUGGAGGGCAGAGAGGAAGCUCAGUCGGAGGAACAGAAUCCAAUCAGAGAACUGCCGUGUACAUCAGAGCACGAGGGUGGAGAGGAAGCUCUAGCUAAGUCAGAAGAACCAAGUCCCAUCAGAGAACUGGAGUAUACAUUGGAGCAGGAGGGUGGAAAGGAAGUUCUAGCUAUGUCGGAGGAAUGGAGCCCCAUCAGAGAACUGCAGUGUUCAUUGGAGCAGGAGGGCAGAGAGGAGGCUCUAGCUAAGUCAGAAGAACCAAGUCCCAUCAAAGAAGUGGAGUGUACUUCAGAGCAUGAGGGCAGAGCUGAAGCUCUACCUAAGUUGGAGGUACAGAGUCCCAUCAGUGAACUAGAGCGUACAUCUGAGCUGGAGGGCAGAGAGGAAGCUCUACCUAAAUUGCAGGAACAGAGCCCCAUCAGAGAAGUGGAGUCUACAUCGUCGCAAGAGGGCAGAGAGGAAGCUCUGGCUAAGUCAGAAGAACCAAGUCCCAUCAGAGAAGUGGAGUCUACAUCGGAGCUGGAGGGCAGAGAGGAAGCUCUGGCUAAGUCAGAAGAACCAAGUCCCAUCAGAGAAGUGGAGUCUACAUCGGAGCUGGAGGGCAGAGGGGAACCUCUACCUAAAUUGGAGGAACAGAGCCCCAUCAGAGAAGUGGAGUCUACAUCGGCGCAGGAGGGCAGAGAGGAAGCUCUAGCUCAGUCAGAGGAACAGAGUCCCAGCAGAGAACUGGCUUGUACAUUGGAGCAGGAGGUCAUAGAGGAAGCUCUAGCUAAGUCGGAGGAACAGAGUCCUGUCAGAGAACUGCCGUGUACAUCAGAGCACGAGGGCGGAGAGGAAGCUCUAGCUAAGUCAGAAGAACCAAGUCCCAGCAGAGAACUGGCUUGUACAUUGGAGCAGGAGGUCAUAGAGGAAGCUCUACCUAAGUUGGAGGAACAGAAUCCUGUCAGAGAACUGCAGUGUACAUCAGAGCAUGAGGGUGGAGAUGAAGCUCUAGCUAAGUCAGAAGAAUCAAGUUCCUUCAGAGAAGUGGAGUGUUCAUUGGACCAGGAGGGCAGAGAGGAAGCUCUACCUAAGUCUGAGGAACAGAGUCCUGUCAGAGAACUGGAGUGUACAUCAGAGCAUGAGGGCAAAGAAGAAGCUCAAGCUCUGUCGGAGGAACAGUGUCCCAUCAGAGAAGUGGAGUGUACAUCCGAGCACGAGGGUGGAGAUGAAGCUCUACCUAAGUUGGAGGAACAGAGCCCCAUCAGAGAAGUGGAGUAUACAUCGGCGCAGGAGGGCAGAGAGGAAGCUCUGGCUAAGUCAGAAGAACCAAGUCCCAUCAGAGAAGUGGAGUCUACAUCGGAGCUGGAGGGCAGAGAGGAAGCUCUAGCUCAGUCGGAGGAACAGAGUCCCAUCAGAGAACUGGAGUGUACAUCAGAGCACGAGGGUGGAGAGGAAGCUCUAGCUAAGUCAGAAGAACCAAGUCCCAGCAGAGAACUGGCUUGUACAUUGGAGCAGGAGGUCAUAGAGGAAGCUCUACCUAAGUUGGAGGAACAGAAUCCUGUCAGAGAACUGCAGUGUACAUCAGAGCACGAGGGUGGAGAUGAAGCUCUAGCUAAGUCAGAAGAAUCAAGUUCCUUCAGAGAAGUGGAGUGUUCAUUGGACCAGGAGGGCAGAGAGGAAGCUCUACCUAAGUCUGAGGAACAGAGUCCUGUCAGAGAACUGGAGUGUACAUUAGAGCAUGAGGGCAAAGAAGAAGCUCAAGCUCUGUCGGAGGAACAGUGUCCCAUCAGAGAAGUGGAGUGUACAUCCGAGCACGAGGGUGGAGAUGAAGCUCUACCUAAGUUGGAGGAACAGAGCCCCAUCAGAGAAGUGGAGUCUACAUCGGCGCAGGAGGGCAGAGAGGAAGCUCUAGCUCAGUCGGAGGAACAGAGUCCCAUCAGAGAACUGGAGUGUACAUCAGAGCACGAGGGUGGAGAGGAAGCUCUAGCUAAGUCAGAAGAACCAAGUCCCAGCAGAGAACUGGCUUGUACAUUGGAGCAGGAGGUCAUAGAGGAAGCUCUACCUAAGUUGGAGGAACAGAAUCCUGUCAGAGAACUGCAGUGUACAUCAGAGCACGAGGGUGGAGAUGAAGCUCUAGCUAAGUCAGAAGAAUCAAGUUCCUUCAGAGAAGUGGAGUGUUCAUUGGACCAGGAGGGCAGAGAGGAAGCUCUACCUAAGUCUGAGGAACAGAGUCCUGUCAGAGAACUGGAGUGUACAUUAGAGCAUGAGGGCAAAGAAGAAGCUCAAGCUCUGUCGGAGGAACAGUGUCCCAUCAGAGAAGUGGAGUGUACAUCCGAGCACGAGGGUGGAGAUGAAGCUCUACCUAAGUUGGAGGAACAGAGCCCCAUCAGAGAAGUGGAGUCUACAUCGGCGCAGGAGGGCAGAGAGGAAGCUCUAGCUCAGUCGGAGGAACAGAGUCCCAUCAGAGAACUGGAGUGUACAUCAGAGCACGAGGGUGGAGAGGAAGCUCUAGCUAAGUCAGAAGAACCAAGUCCCAGCAGAGAACUGGCUUGUACAUUGGAGCAGGAGGUCAUAGAGGAAGCUCUACCUAAGUUGGAGGAACAGAAUCCUGUCAGAGAACUGCAGUGUACAUCAGAGCACGAGGGUGGAGAUGAAGCUCUAGCUAAGUCAGAAGAAUCAAGUUCCUUCAGAGAAGUGGAGUGUUCAUUGGACCAGGAGGGCAGAGAGGAAGCUCUACCUAAGUCUGAGGAACAGAGUCCUGUCAGAGAACUGGAGUGUACAUCAGAGCAUGAGGGCAAAGAAGAAGCUCAAGCUCUGUCGGAGGAACAGUGUCCCAUCAGAGAAGUGGAGUGUACAUCCGAGCACGAGGGUGGAGAUGAAGCUCUACCUAAGUUGGAGGAACAGAGCCCCAUCAGAGAAGUGGAGUAUACAUCGGCGCAGGAGGGCAGAGAGGAAGCUCUGGCUAAGUCAGAAGAACCAAGCCCCAUCAGAGAAGUGGAGUCUACAUCGGAGCUGGAGGUCAUAGAGGAAGCUCUACCUAAGUUGGAGGAACAGAAUCCUGUCAGAGAACUGCAGUGUACAUCAGAGCACGAGGGUGGAGAUGAAGCUCUAGCUAAGUCAGAAGAUCCAAGUCCCAUCAGAGAACUGCAGUGUACAUCGGUGCAGAAGGGCAGAGAGGAAGCUCUAGCUCAGUCAAAGGAACAGAGUCCCAGCAGAGAACUGGCUUGUACAUUGGAGCAGGAGGUCAUAGAGGAAGCUCUAGCUAAGUCGGAGGAACAGAGUCCUGUCAGAGAACUGCAGUGUACAUCAGAGUACGAGGGUGUAGAGGAAGCUCUAGCUCAGUCGGAGGAACAGAGUCCUGUCAGAGAACUGCAGUGUACAUCAGAGCACAAGGGUGGAGAGGAAGCUCUAGCUAAGUCAGAAGAACCAAGUCCCAGCAGAGAAAUGGAGUGUACAUCGGAGCAGGAGGGCAGAGAGGAAGCGCUACGUAAGUUGGAGGAACAGAGUCCUGUCAGAGAACUGCCGUGUACAUCAGAGCACAAGGGUGGAGAGGAAGCUCUAGCUAAGUCGGAGGAACAGAGUCCUGUCAGAGAACUGCAGUGUACAUCAGAGCACAAGGGUGGAGAGGAAGCUCUAGCUAAGUCAGAAGAACCAAGUCCCAGCAGAGAACUGGCUUCUACAUCGGAGCUGGAGGGCAGAGAGGAAGCUCUAGCUCAGUCGGAGGAACAGAGUCCUGUCAGAGAACUGCAGUGUACAUCAGAGCACGAGGGUGGAGAGGAAGCUCUAGCUAAGGCAGAAGAACCAAGUCCCAGCAGAGAACUGGCUUGUACAUUGGAGCAGGAGGUCAUAGAGGAAGCUCUAGCUAAGUCGGAGGAACAGAGUCCCAUCAGAGAACUGCAGUGGACAUCAGAGCAUGAGGGUAGAGAGGAAGCUCUACCUAAGUUGGAGGAACUGAAGUGUACAUCGGAGUUGGAGGCCGGAGAGAAAGCGCUAGCUCAGUCGGAGGAACAGAGUCCUGUCAGAGAACUGGAGUGUGCAUCAGAGCACGAGGGCAAAGAAGAAGCUCAAGCUCUGUCGGAGGAACAGAGUCCCAUCAGAGAACUGCAGUGUACAUCAGAGCACGAGGGUGGAGAUGAAGCUAAAGCUAAGUCAGAAGAACCAAGUCCCAUCAGAGAACUGCAGUGUACAUCAGAGCAGGAGGGCAGAGAGGAAGCUCUAGCUAGGGCUGAGGAACAGAGUCCUGUCAGAGAAGUGGAGUGUACAUCAGAGCAUGAGGGCAAAGAAGAAGCUCAAGCUCUGUCGGAGGAACAGUGUCCCAUCAGAGAAGUGGAGUGUACAUCCGAGCACGAGGGUGGAGAUGAAGCUCUACCUAAGUUGGAGGAACAGAGCCCCAUCAGAGAAGUGGAGUAUACAUCGGCGCAGGAGGGCAGAGAGGAAGCUCUGGCUAAGUCAGAAGAACCAAGUCCCAUCAGAGAAGUGGAGUCUACAUCGGAGCUGGAGGGCAGAGAGGAACCUCUAGCUCAGUCGGAGGAACAGAGUCCUGUCAGAGAACUGCAGUGUACAUCAGAGCACGAGGGUGGAGAUGAAGCUCUAGCUAAGUCAGAAGAUCCAAGUCCCAUCAGAGAACUGCAGUGUACAUCGGUGCAGAAGGGCAGAGAGGAAGCUCUAGCUCAGUCAAAGGAACAGAGUCCCAGCAGAGAACUGGCUUGUACAUUGGAGCAGGAGGUCAUAGAGGAAGCUCUAGCUAAGUCGGAGGAACAGAGUCCUGUCAGAGAACUGCAGUGUACAUCAGAGUACGAGGGUGUAGAGGAAGCUCUAGCUAAGUCAGAAGAUCCAAGUUCCACCAGAGAACUGGAGUGUACAUCAGAGAACGAGGGUGGAGAGGAAGCUCUAUCUAAGUCAGAGGAACAGAGUAUAACCAAGAAGGCGCUGUGGCCAUCAAAGGACCAGAUCGAGAUUGUGGAGGACCAACAUUGUGUCACUUGUGGAGCCAAGAGCACCAAGUCACAGCCCCCUCCAGAGCAGCGUAACAACACCAGUUCCACAGGCCCAGAGAAUAUCUUUAUUCCUGGGCAUGGAAAUCAGAGGACUGAUGAUGUUCAGGUGUAUUAUGGGAGCCUGGUGGAGUUCCCAGGGGCUCUGGUUAAACUCCAGUCCCUUCCCGUAUCCACCCUCCUGGGCUGUCUCCAGUCCGUCCUCCCCUCCGUCUUCACCUCACAGAGACUACUGGGUCUCUACUGGCUGGGCGUGGCUAACUGCAGCCAGCCCCACCCACACCUCGCCCUUGUUCUCCUAUUGGAGUCCUGCCUCUACGCCCUGACCUUUGACCCUGACACGACAGAUCAGACAACUCCUCUGACAGUGUUCCACCACCUCCCCCUGCUACAGGUUAAGGAGAUCCUGGUGGGUUUUGGCGGUCAGAGCCUGCGUCUCAAGGCCUCCAGUGAGGAGUGUGUCCUCACCCUCUACACCCACAGCCAGACCCUCACCCAGGCCCUCACCCACACCAUGCUUGGGGUCCUCUGUCCUGGGGACCAGAGAGUGUCCCAACACCCCCUCCUGGUAGAGAACCUGAUGGUUCUGUCUCUGGACUGGAAGGCCCAGGCACCUGACCUGCUGCUGAAUGCUGAACUCAGGCUGUCUGGCCAGUUCCACAGGACCCUAGCUGACCUGGUCUACCUCGUCCACGGCAACAUGAACCGAGAGAAGCCUCUUCUGGGAGAGGUUAGACUGCUGCUUUACACCAGCGUUGGUGUGACAACGACCCCUGACCCCAGACCUGACCCCUGGGCCCAGCUCCUCCUCACAGACACACACCUGGGACUGGUGCAGGAGGAUACAGUGUUCCACCCCGCCCCCCACCACGUCCCCCUGCUGUCCCGCCAGGCCCAGUUCAAGGGGGUGACCCUCCGUUGCCUCUCCGACGUCCAAUGUGUGAUAGUCCGAGACGGGGUUGGGAGCUCGACCAGUGUGUGUGGAGAUGGGGCCGGGGAUGAAGGUGGGGCAACCAGGCUGGACAUCAUCCUGUCUCAGGACUGGAGGACCAGGAGAGAGAGGCCUAGAGGUCACCCUGAAAGAGGUGCUGUUGCUGAAGCUGAUGGAAGUGCGGUAGGGGGGGUAGCUGGAGCUAGUGUCCUGUCUGCUGCCUCUAAUUCAUGUCCUCCACAGCAGCAGGCUGAAGUAUGGAAAUUACAUUUCAGCUGCUCCUCCGAGGCCGCCUGUCUGAUUAAUCACUUGUCAAACGUCUGAAUGGUCACUGAUCAAGGACUAGAGGACUGGUCAGAACAUAAUGAACUACAGCUUAGACGGGUACCAGUUCUGUCCGGUCCUAACUCUCAUCGAGAGAAUGGCAGGGUGUGUGUAUGCUCACUGAGUGGCAGUCAAGGGUCCAAUGUAUCUCAAACAAACAAUGGAGAAUAUCGCUACCAUUAAACUAUUUAGGGCCAGUUUCCUGAACACAGACUAAGCCUAGUCAUGGACUAAACAGCAGGCUCAAAAUACAAUAUCCUUAUUCCUUAUAGUCCAGGGAACAGGCCCAUAGAGUAUAGUAAUACAUUGAUGUGUUUAAGUUUUGGUGAAUGUUUCCAUGCACAUAGUUCUAGGAAAUUUCUAAAUCAAAUGUGCCACUUACUUUCACAUUCAUUUAAAGAGACUCAGGGACAUGACGUGGUAGUGGUCCAUAGUGGGUCAAUUUCCGCAAAAACUAAGAGCAUUGAAGCGCGAGGCUCAACUUCUCCUCUGUCUUUGUAGCUACCAGCGAACACACGCGCAUGAGCAGAUAUUGUGUGACUGAGAGCGAAGUCCAGAAUCUCGCUCAUCUCAAUAUUUGUGGAGCUGCUUGUGGCCACAUAAUUUCGCAGUCUACCUUUUUAAGUCUUUCUGAACUGCACUAUAUUUAUUUGUUUAUCUUCUGUUCAAUGCUGUGUUAGUCUGUUCAUGCUGUUUUUGUUCACACUGUGGAGGGAACACAGGACACUAGGUUCUACAGAAUGUAAGCUAUUUUAAGGGAAGAUGUGAAGGGCACAAAUAAUUGCAGGGUAAGCUUUUUAAGCAUAUUUGCACAUUUGACCACAAAACAGACCAGUGUUAAAUAUUAAAAUGUUUGCGUUUUAUGGACAUGUAUAAACAAUGAAUGUAUUUUAUACCAAAUAAAGUCAUGCAAUUUAAAUAAAA